ACCUUACUAAUCAAACGUCAAACCCGGUGGAACACAAGAAGGACAGAAUAAAAAUUGUUUUGCACCGAGCAUAACCCUCCGCCUUUUGCAUGAUAGUGUGAUAUUAAAUUAUUUGUGAGACGUGAUACUGCAGAGAUAAACAAGAACAAUGGCUGAUCCAGAACUUGAAGCGAUCCGACAACAGCGGAUGCAACAAAUGCAGGGCUCUAAUCCGGACCAACAGAAAGCCAUGCAGGAACAACGGCAAGCGCAGGAGGAGAUGAAGAACUCGAUGCUCUCACAGCUGCUAGAUCAGGAUGCACGUGCGCGGCUGAAUACGCUCAAGCUAAGCAAACCGGAGAAGGCACAAAUGGUGGAGGGCAUGAUCAUCCGGAUGGCACAGAUGCGCCAGAUCGGUGACAAAUUGGACGAUGCGAGCCUUGUGAAGUUACUCGAAAACCUCAACCAGCAGAUGCCUCGGAGCAACUCGACAGUCAAGUUUGAUCGAAGGCGGGCCGCGCUAGAUUCCGAUGAGGAUGAUGAUGAUUACGGUAUUUAAUGGCUUUAGCUUUUGACCCCGUGUAACGUACUUUCGUCGCUAAGUUUACUGGAAUUUGCAACACGAACAGUUGUCGGAAUAUGGAUAUUACAACGCCCAGCACAGCAACAGCACGUCAUCAUGCAUCUCAAUAAACGGCAAUAACAAACA